AUGCAUAUAAAAUUUUAUAAGAUCCAAGUGUAAUUUUACUCAUAUAGCUAUUCUAACUUAACAUAAUUGACUUUUUUAAUUAUUAUUAUUAUUUAUUUUAUUGUUUAGUCAAGAACAAAGUAUUUAAACAAUUUGAAAAUCAGAAGCUAUUUAAACUAAAUUCUAGAGUCUGAUGAAUAUGUUCAUUUCCCUGAAGUUAAGUUGUUCCCAUUUUUUAUUUUUGAAGUUUAUAAGGAGACCUCUCAAAAUAGCAUCAUAAUAGAAUAUGACUUUGUUAGAUUAGAGAUUAGAGAAAGAGGCUCUAAAAAUUAAGUAACGACUUACAAAUUUUAUGAUAUUGAUGGAACAGUAUAUAGCUAAAAAGAGGAUGAAUAUAUUAUUAAUUUAAAAAUACAAUUUAAAACUCAUAGCUUUAGCUAUAGAGCUAAAUUCAUUUCUUAGAGAAACUAAAUUGUUGAGAUCACUCAAAUUGCAAAAGCAGUCUCAGAAGAAAACAAACCUUUUUUAAAGUUUAUCAAUCCUGUUUUCAAAGAUGUCUACAAUAACUCCCUUGAUAUUUUUAAAAUACCUGAAUUGAAAAGUUAGUUUAAAAAUAAAUUUUAUUGGAAUGAUAACAUAAUGCCAGCAAAGGCACUGGCUAAAAUACAAGCAUCACUUCAAAAGAAAUUUAACUCAACUAAAAUUUAUUUUUUGAUUGGCUUAAACAUCUUAGUUAUUUCAAAAGAUAUUGAUGGCGAAGAUAUUUUAUAAGCAAUCCCCAUCAAGAAAGAAUAUAUGGCUUAUGUUAUAAAUAAACAAAGCAUUUAGUUGUACAUAUUAAAUAAAAAUUCAAAAUACAAAUUUCACUCUGAAGAAGAUGCUUUAAAAUUCAAUGCUGCUAUUAAACGUUGCUAUGAUAUGAGAAGGAAUAAUAUGGCUCCUAGAACUAUUAUUCCUGUAAAUACAGAGUUUAUGAUGGGAACUUCCUAUUUAAGACCUUUCAGAAGUAUGUUGAUCUAAAAAAUAAAAUCAAAAAUUGGAGAACUGAAUGAAAAACAAAAAAAAUAUAUGAAAAAAAUAGAGGAACUUUAAAGGGAAAAUGAAAAUGAUGAACAUUUAAAAAAAAUAAUUGAAGAAAAAUUAGCCAACCAAAGUAUCAACUAAAAUGAUAAAAAGCUAAAUUCUCUUAACUAAGAAAUUAGCUCUCCCUAUUAACAUAAGCAAUGA